AUGGAGCCGCAAGCGCAGAAGGUCAUCGAUAGGGCCAAGGGUUUGGUGGAAGAGGGCGCGGACUACGAGGCUCACGAGACGGUGAAGUCGGCGUUUCACCGCCUGAAGAAGAAGGGUUUGAUGGAAGCGGCGUACGACGUGUGCCGCGAGGGCGGCACCAUGCAGCUCGAGCGAGGGAACAUCAAAGCAGGCCUCGAGUUGGGGCAGUGGAUGCUGGACUCGUAUUUGGAGGACCAGUGUCCGUGCGACGACGCGCACGUGUCGCGCGCGGACGCGAUCCUGGCGGCGUUCCCUGUGCAGAUGGACCUCAGCGACGUCGACGUGCCGCUCCGGGAGCUCCCGACGCCGCUGCAGGAGUACUCGGUGCUCGCCGGCCGCGCGGCUCGCUGGGCGCAGAAGAUGGGGCACCCUGAGCAGGCGCGGCGGCUCCGGAAACGGCUGGGGAUGUAUGCGUGGGAGGCCAUGUCGCUGAGCGGGCUCGCGGUCGUGACGGACGCGCUGUGCUCGGCGCGCGAGGGCAGGGCGCUCGGGCGCAUCGUCGCGGAGUGUUCGCGCAGCGGGAAGGCGGAGGAGCGGGACUUGUUCCUGUGUCGGGCGGCGCUGGUGUACCUGGCGUGCAGCGACCGCGACGACACCAAGGAGGGCGUGGCUGGCGUCAAGUCGCUCCUGGCCGCAGCGGAGCAGGAGCUCGGCAACAUCCCCUCCACGCCGCUCAUGCACUUCCUGACGAUGCUCAUGGAGGCGAUCGAGCUGGACAACGGGCCGCUGGGGGAGUUCCUGGUGCAGCAGUACGCGCCGGCGCUGGCGCGCGACAUGGCGGUGAAGGAUGCUGCGGAAAAGGCCAUCGGGGUGACGCUGGGCGUGGGCAAGCACGCCAACGCGGGCAUGGGCGGGAUCAUGCAGAACGUCAUGGACAUGCUCUUCGGCGGCGGCGGUGGCUGA